AUGGAGCAGGGGCGGGCCAAUGCCAAGUUGGCGUCGGAUCGAGUUAUUGUCGAGAACUUCUUUGGUAGACUCAAGAUGCUGUGGGGUAUUGUGUCGGACAAGUACACGUGGAAGAAGGAUGAGUGCAAUAUGUACUUCCAGACGUGUGUUGCCCUAACCAAUGCCCAUGUUCGUUUCAAUCCAUUGUGGAAUGUGGAUGGCGAGGGCUACAAUCAGUACAAGAACCAUUUGCUUUCCAUUGGAAGCAAAAUCAAGACGAGGAACUUGUUCUCCAAGACGAAGUAUCAUGAGAACCGUCAGGCUCGUAUUCAGGCUGUACUGGGUCGUGCGAACUCGGUUUACACCAGCGAGGACUACGACAUUGGCUAUGACGAGGAAGACGAUAUUUUAGAUUAA